AUGGCACAACUUGAAGAUUCAUUCCUCGCAGAGAUCGACGAGUUAUCUGACUAUGAAGAAGAAGCAGGACACGACGAAAACGUUGGUAACUAUGAAAGAGAUAUCGUCACAGACAUGGCGAAAUUCGAAACCCUAAAAUCUGAUGACGAUCUCGACAGUGUUUCCACGUUACAUAAAACUCAGAGAUACGUUGAUAUAAUGCGUAAGGUAGAUGAAGCAGCUCUCGUGAAAGAUUCAGAUGAUCCUGAAUACAAACUCAUCGUGGACUGUAAUCAUCUCUCAGUUGAUAUCGAGAACGAGAUCGCCACAGUCCACAGCUUUAUACGUUGCAAAUACAGAGUUAGGUUUCCAGAGCUUGAGUCGUUUGUGCAUCACGCAACCGAGUACGCUAGUGUAGUGAAACAAAUCGGAGACGAGAAGGAUUUAACCCUAGUUUCUCUCAAAGGUAUUGAAGCAAAGACUGUUGUCUCUGUUUUACUCACUGCUUCAUCUACUAAAGGGAAGCCUCUACCAGAAGAUACCUUGCGAAAGACGUUAGAGGCGUGUGAUAGGGUUCUUGAUCUUGAUUUCGCAUUAAAAAAGAUUCUUGGGUUCGUUGAGACUAAGAUGGGAUGUAUUGCACCGAAUCUUUCAGCUAUUGUAGGGAGCGCUGUUGCAGCUAAGCUCAUGGCUACUUCUGGAGGUUUAUCAGGGCUUGCUAAGAUUCCUUCUUGUAAUGUUCAGGUUCUUGGACAGAAGAGGAAGAAUCUUGAUGGGUUCUCUAGAGUGAGUUCACUGACACGUGUAGGUUAUCUAGAGCAGACUGAGAUUUUUCGAAAAACUCCUCCUGGGUUUGAGAAACAUGCUAUUAAGCUCUUGGCUGGAAAGGCUACUUUAGCAGCUAGGAUUGACGCUAGUGGAGGAGAUCCAUCAGGGACUAAUGGUAAAGCUCUGAGGGAAGAGAUUCAAAAGAAGCUUGAGAAGCUGCAAGAGCCUGGUGUUGCAAGGCAGCCUAAACCACUUCCUGUUCCGGAUCUUACUCCUAAGAAGAAAAGAGGUGGUCGGAGACUAAGGAAGAUGAAGGAGAGGUAUGCUGUGACAGAGAUGAGGAAGCAUGCUAAUAGAGUGGCGUUUGGUGUGGUGGCUGAAGAGAGUUCACUUGGUGAUGGGUUAGGUGUAGGGUAUGGGAUGCUUGGUCAGGGUGGGAGCAAGAGGCUGAGAAUUUCUAGUGUCCCGAGUAAGAUGAAACUUAGUGCUAAGUUGGAGAAGAAGCUUAAAGAAAGACAGUAUACAAGUGGUGCUAGUACAAGCACUUGUGGUUUCAUGACAUCAAGACUUGCUUUUACCCCUGUGCAGGGAAUAGAGCUGUGUAAUCCUGGAGCUGUGCAAUUAGGUAGUGGGACUCAGAGCACUUACUUCUCAGAGUCAGGAACCUUCUCCCACGUCAAGAAGACAUAA